ACAGCUGGAGGCACCCUGCUUGGGAAACACAGAUAUAGUGUCGGUGUUCCUUAACCUUUAGUCUCCAGCUGUAGCAAAAACUACAACUCCCAGCAUCUGACUUGUAGUUUUGUAACAGCUGGAGAGCAACAGGACUGUCAGGGCAUGCUGGGAGCUGUAGUUUUGCACCAGCUGGGAAAUUGCAGGGGCUAUCUGGGUAUGCUGGGAGUUGUAGUUUUUCACUCACUGGAGAGCUAUUCGGGUUUCAGGACAUCCUGGGAGUUGUAGUCUUGCACUAGAGAUCCACAAGGCUUUCAGAGUAUGUUGGUAGUUGUAAUUUUGCAACAGCUGGAGAGCCACAGGGUUGUCAGGACAUGCUGGGAGUUGUAAUUUUUCACCAGCUUGGACAGCCACAGGACUGUGAGGGUAUGCUAGGAGUUGUAGUCUUUCACCUGCUUGGAUAGCCAGAGGACUGUCAGGGCAUGCUGGGAGUUGUAGUCUUUCACCUGCUUGGAUAGCCACAGGACUGUCAGGGCAUGCUGGGAGUUGUAGUUUUUUAUAAGCUUGAGAGCCCCAGGACAGUCAGGGCAUGCUGGGAGAUGUAGUCUUUCACCUGCUGGGAUAGCCACAGGACUGUCAGGGCAUGCUGGGAGUUGUAGUUUUUUAUAAGCUUGAGAGCCACAGGACUGUCAGGGCAUGCUGGGAGUUGUAGUCUUUCAUAAGUUUGAAAGCCACAGGACUGUCAGGGCAUGCUGGGAGAUGUAGUCUUGCACUAGCUAGCGAGCCGCCGGACUGUCAGGGCAUGCUGGGAGUAGUAGUUUUGCAGCUGCUAGAGAAGCACAGGUUGGAGACCACUUAUUGCUGUAUGUGUUCUGUAUAUUCUGGGACCAUUAUGAUGGUUCGGUGACCUUUCACCUCUAUGGCCGGAGUUCCCCCUGUGAAGGACGGGGCCCUGGAUGUUACUCUGGGUCACAAUCCCCAUGUUAUGUUUUACUAUGUGACCGGAGGGGAUUAGUGAGGGGUCCUGUAUAUUGUGCUGCACAAGGCUGGGCUGAUCUGCUUGUUUACAUGGCGGCCGCGGGCGUCCUGUGUGUAAUCCCUGGGCUCUGCUGGCACCCGGCCAUUCCUGGCUCCACAAGUCUCCGUUUGCUUACAGACGUGUUACCCCAGUAACUGGCGAGCGGAGCCGGCCUCGUGUUGUUUACCAAGAGCCUCUCCUCCCUGUGAGGACAGGUCAGGACGCCAUGCUUUGCAGUAAUGUUGCCUACAUUCUUGGCACGGUGGCUGAAGACCCAGGAGUCGCCGUCAUGUUGGUGAAUCUGGCAGAAAGAGCAACAGACUGGGACCUGUUGGGGAGACUGGGAGCCAUGCUGCUGUGGGAUGAUGCCGAAUCUGUCAUGAACGCUGCUGGUGCCCUGGGAACACUGGCAGAGAACGGCCAAGGCAGACGUUGGCUCCUUUCUUCUCCGGAUUCCGACUUCAUCAUCGAGAACAUCACAAAACUUUUGGAUUCUCCAAGCGACUGGACGGCCAGCAACUGCGCCCUGGUACUCGCCCGCAUCUCCAUGUGCCAGGAGGGGUGCGAGCGGCUGCUGGAACAUCCUAAAUCUGACAUGAUCUUACGGAAGAUCAUCGCGUCGCUUCAAGUGGAUGAGGCAGGCUGUGGACUGAAUGCAGCUUUCACUCUUGGACGUCUCUGUGACACGGACGCAGGGAGGAGACGGGUGCUGGCUCUAGAGGAAGCCGACAAUAUGAUCUGUGCACUGGAGGCCAUGAUGUCUGGAGGAGACGCCGGCGGGAGCAGAAACGCUUGCUUCGCCCUCACGUGCCUAGCGACGAGCCAAGCCGGACACCAGCACCUCCUGAAGAGCCACCACUUCCCUCAGGUCCUGGACACGCUCUGCCACCUCCUGCAGUCCACGGAGCACGACUCCUGCUGGUUCGCUGCCAUAACUGUUAAGGGAAUAUCCAAGUUUCCUUCAGGAGUCCUGAGACUAUGGCAGCACCCAACCCUUGAGGCUAUCCUAAAAAAAAUCGCGGCAUCGCAUACAGCCGGAGAUGAGCUGCGGCAGGAGGUGGAGCAUACCUUACGGAACCUCCAGCGUCUCCCCCAACCCAGUCCUCCAACGGCGAAGAUCCUGGGGUCCGGGUCAGUCGUGGUGUCCUGGAAGGAACACAGAGCGCACAGCGGCCUAAUGGUCACUUACAGGUUGUAUGAUGGGGACCACCUCCUGUACCAUGGACCAUCCUUCUCGUACGUCCUACCUUACUGCAAGCCCGGCCAUCACCAUCUCAAAGUAGUGAUGGAGACGGAAGGCGACCGGAGCCCGGCCAGUGCGAUCACCAUGGUGACUGUGGAGGAGCCGGCGCCCAGCUGCCCCACCGAGCUCCAAGUCGUGGGACGUACGGCCACAAAAGUGAGGCUAUCCUGGAGCCCCCCGGCAGACUGCAGUACGAGCGUUAAAUACGCGGUGUAUAGGGAGGACGCCCUUGUGGACACCACUUCUGACCUGACCUGCAUUGUGGGCGGCCUGUCCCCUUCCACCAGUUAUACCUUCAGCGUCUGUUCCUGUAACUCAAGGGGUCACAGCCCGCGGGUCUCUGUGGUGGCCCGGACCAUGGAUGGAGGAGACCACGCACCGGACAGACUCACCGUCUGCGUCAUCGGCCGCAGCGAAUUGUUCAUCACGUGGGAGGUGCCCAAGGAUCCCAUCGGCAGGUUCUUCAAUUACGAACUGAGCAUGAAUGGGAAGUCUGUGUAUCUGGGGACUGAGCGAUCCUACACGGCCCGGCGCCUGACGCCCAGCACGGAGUACGUCUGCACCGUCUGCGCCAUCACCAGCAAAGGGCGAUUCGAGAGCCGUCCUGUCACCAAGCGCACAGCCAGGGAUGAAUACAGCAACCUGAAUAAGAACCAGACUGGAGGCGGCCGGCACACGGAAACUUCACCCGCUACAGAGGCGACGGAUCAGAGCGAGAAGCCGCACCGGACCGAACCGCCAAGGAGGAGUUCUCUGACCAAGAGCCAGAGCGUGCGGCUGGUCAUGAGCAGACAGGCGAGCAAGUGCAAACGAGACAACAAAGUCCACUGCGCCAGAACACGGAGAGAAUCCGUCAUAUCCUGGAUGGCAGAAUCCAACAACAGCCCUGGGACCAGUCAAUCGUCUCCAACCAAGCAGUCGUCCUCACCCAGCGAUGUGACAUCUGGACAUAUGAGCAAAACCCUUUCCCAAAAAGAGAGCAAAAAAUGCCCGGAACAGACAGAGAACAGCGGCGAGAAGAAGCCGGAGCUGAGGAAUCCUGCGGAGCUCUCCCCAAAGCCUUCAAAGCAGACUCCAUUGAAGACCCCCGACAGCCCCUCCUCGUUGCCGUCCUGUGUAUCACCCGACACCAAGAAGCCACACGGCGCGCUGGGUUUCAGGCUGAUGCCAAUCGCCUCUCUCUGCAGCCUGGAGCCGGAAUAUUUGCUGCACAGCAGAGCCAAGACAGAGACCGAACUGAUCCGGCCGACAGGGCAGGACGGGCCCCUGCAACCAAUUCUUCUCCAGGAGUGUUCCGGGGGUUCGGAUAAAGACAGAUGUCCGGCUCACAAGAAGGCCUUACAGCCGGUGCGAGAUCCCAUCGUGCGGUACAGACACCGGAGCCUGAAGAUCAACGCCUGGGACUUCACAGACGCCGUAACAAGCGGAGAGAAGAUAUUGGGAAAAUUCUCAGCCUCAUGUCCGCUGACUCCGACUGAAGACGUCUUGUCACACGUAUCGACCGCGACCAAGAGCUUCGCACGCAGAGAUGGCCUCCUAUCCUGGGGUGCUGGUAACCAAGAUGGCCGCCGUCACUCCUGGUCCCAUCUCCGUACAGAAGUGUCAUCUCUCCAGGGCCUGAAGAGCACAGAAGCAAAGUCAGUAGAAUCGCUGAGAGGACGGAGACGCAGAGGAUCUCUAACUGGUAGUCUUCAGAAGGAUGUCCACGUCCUAAUUGGAGAGUCAGGGGUGACAUUCCGCCUCCCCCCAUCAGCACCGCUCAGAGGAUCCGGACCCACCACUCACUGCAGGACCAGGACCUAGAACCGGGGGGCAUCAGUCACCGCUCCGGAACGUUCCCCUAUAACAGUGACCAUAUAACUCCCAGCCCUCCCUACCAUCAGCGGAAGAGGCCUAUGUCUUCAGUGUCAAAUUUGGCGCCACCUGCUGCCGAAACCCGGUAUUACAGCAAAGGCCAAUGAGCGGUGGGAAGUCAUGGCCGUCACGGCACCACUCAUGUAUAAAGAUUUAUUCUGUGCCUCCGCAACUAUUGCAUAACUGCAAUCUACAGCAUGCUCUAUAAGGGCACGAUGGGAGUUGUAGUUUUGCAAUAGCUGGAGGGCUCCAGGAUCAAUGCCGAAACCAAGAAUUUCUAUAGGAAUCAGAUGUUCAGCACAACUAAAUGUAUAUGAUGAACCUAA